AUGAUGAAUCAGGUCGAGCUGCAGAUCUUAGUACGGUAUAAUAAAUAUUGUUUCCCCCUUCUCAAUGACAUCCAAUUUAUCGGCAACCUAGUGACUUGGAGCAGCCACUAUUGUUGCAAAAUGUAUGGUGUACAUAUAAGGCUAGCCUUAUUGCUUAGCUUGGCAACAGCCAUCGUUGGUUCUGUUGUUCACCACGAUGAUUCCUUUCAGCCGGAUUAUAUCCUUCGGGUAACUGCCCAGGACUACACGGAAGCAUGUAACACGAGAUAUUCAGUCCUGGUCAACGGAACUUCUCCCGGGCCCGAAUUGCGUCUCAAGGAGGGACAAGUGAGUUGGAUACGUGUCUAUAAUGACAUGAAGGAUGACAACACCACAAUGCACUGGCACGGCCUUACAGCUUUUACGGCUCCGUUCUCUGAUGGCACCCCAGCGGCUAGCCAAUGGCCGAUUCCCGCGGGUCACUAUUUUGACUACGAAGUCAAACCCGAGAUUGGUUCAGCAGGAACCUACUUCUACCAUUCCCAUGUCGGUUUCCAGGCGGUCACUGCAAAGGGCCCGCUGAUUGUGGAUUCGAAAGACGACCCACCGUUUCGUUACCAUGGAGAGCGUACGAUUAUGCUCUCUGACUUCUUCAACGAGACUGACAGAAAGAUUAUCGAUGGAUUGACUUCGAGCAACUUCACAUGGAGUGGAGAGACUAGCGCCAUUCUAGUAAAUGGGCAGAACCGCCAGGCAACCAACAGCACCGGCUCAUGCCAAUUGGCUUCGAUCGGCGUCGAGCCGGGCUUGUCAUAUCGUCUGAGGUUUAUCGGGGCUACUGCUUUGUCAUUCGUUUCGCUUUCCAUCGAGAGUCAUGACAUAUCAAUUAUUGAAGCAGAUGGGCAUUACACCAAAGCACUGAACACCAGUUUCUUGCAGAUCGGAAGUGGCCAGAGAUACAGUGUACUCCUCAAGGCAAAGUCGGAGGCGGAAUUGAAGAAAGCAGGGAAACGGCAAUUCUACAUCCAAAUCACGACACUAGAGAGGCCUAAAACUUUGACAAACUAUGCUGUGUUGCAUUAUUCAAGCGAAGAACAGGCAGAUCUAACGACUGUACCUUUGACCCCGCCACUUCCUACAGCGAAGACAGUCCAGGGGUGGCUUGAUUACAAGCUCGAAUCUCUGCACCCAGACCAUGCCUUUCCCACUCUGAAUGAAGUCACCCGCAGAAUAAUCAUCGAAGUCCACCAGAAUGUCAGUGACCAUGUCAUAUGGCUACAGAAUGGAUAUGACUGGGUAGAUAGCAUCCCUCAGUCGCCAUACCUGGUUGAUAUUUACACGGGGAAGCUUAAUACGGAUGAGAUAUAUCAAAGAGCAACCGACCGAGGCCAUGGAUUCGACAACAUUACACGUACCUUCCCUGCUCAGAUAGGAGAAGUCCUUGAAAUUGUCUGGCAAAACCAAGGCACCUUCACGAACGGAGGCGUGGAUGCUCACCCAUUCCAUGCGCACGGCAGACACUUCUAUGAUAUCGGUGGGGGAGAUGGAGAAUACAACGCUACGGCAAACGAGGAGCGACUAAAGUCCUCUUCGCCAAUCCAACGCGAUACCUCCGUGCUAUACCGGUACCGCGAGAAAACGAAGCCUCUCGCCGCUUCUGGGUGGCGGGCUUGGCGGAUCAGAGUGACGGAUGCUGGAGUGUGGAUGUUCCAUUGCCAUAUCCUUCAACAUAUGAUCAUGGGUAUGCAGACUGUCUUUAUAUUCGGGGACCCAAACGAUGUUAUGACCCAAUCUGGUCCAGUUGAUGCCGGGUAUCUGACGUACGGUGGCUCGGCAUAUGGGAACACAACACAUUCCCCUGUCGUGCGACAUUAUUUUGAAUGA